CCUGGGGCUGCCUGCUGCAGAGCUGGCUCUCACUGUUCGCUGCACGGUCCCAAGAGGAGACAGCCGCCACCGCGCUGGGCCCCUGUGCCACUUCCCGGAGACAGGGCCUCACUAAGUUGCCCACGCUGUCCUCGAACUUGUGAUCCUCCUGCCUCAGCCUCCUGAGUAGCUGGAAUAACAGGUGUGCACCACUCUGCCACUGUAUUGGAUAUUUCUAAGUCGGCUUAAUCAUACAUCUAUUGAAAUGAACCUGUAGCUCCUAGAAGAAAGAAAAUAGUUUGCUGUGAUGUCAGUUGGGGAUUCUUCCUGGAAAACCCCAGAAAUGGAGAGCUUGCACACGAGAUUCAGCGCCUGGACACCUUUUAGCAACAAGCCACUAAAUAGACAGCUCUUUCAGGAAAGAGUCGCUCUGAUAAGUCAUUGGUUUGACCUCUGGACCAACAAACAACGUCAAGAAUUCUUAUUCACAAUCCUUUUACGAUGCACUAAAUCACAAUUAAGGUUUGUCCAAGACUGGUUUUCAGAAAGGAUGCAAGUGGCCAGAGUGGACUUCUCUACAGUGUUACCACGCUCCAUUUCUCUGUAUAUCUUCUCCUUUCUGAACCCAAAAGACUUGUGUGCAGCGGCUCAAGUCAGCUGGCCCUGGAAGUUUUUAACUGAACAGGAUUGCUUAUGGAUGCCCAAAUGCAUUAAGUUUGGAUGGUUUCUGCCCUAUACACCAACAGACAACGAGUAUGGUGCUUGGAAGCGCCAUUACAUUGCUUGUGUGUCCAACCUAGAUUGGCUAACUCCCAGGGAGGCCGCUGCUAUUUAUGGGACACUGAAUGAACCCAAAGCAGAGGACGAGGAGCUUCAGGAGAGACAGAGAGAAAAGUGCCUAAGGAAAAUAAUUUGGGAGAAAAUCACACUACACAAGAAGGAGUUAUUCAAAGUUCGACCCCCUUGGGUGACUGGAACGUGUUGUUCCAGAUUGUCAAAAUCCAAAUGCCAACCACAUCUCUCCCAGACAGUGAGGGAUCGAGUGGGAUUACAUGAAGCUUUGGAGAAACAGCUUGUUUUGGCAUCGAUAGAAGGUUUGCCCAAACUAAGCAGUUGUUCUGGAAGUCGUCCCUACCCUUUAUUAUCAAAACAGAAAAGCUGGCAUGGAGUUUAUAAAAACGAAGACAGCUCCACAUAUGCUUCCUGGCCGCACUUCAUAUUAAUAUCAUCUCGGAUUCCUGCCUAUGAGAUGGUGGUGGAGAGCGUGAAGGCAGGUGUCAUUUCUGUGGUCUAUGAACAUGGCGGCAUGACCUUGGACAGCCUGCUCUACCUCAUAGGGAAAGCCCUGCAUGGGCGGAGGGCUCAGAGUAUGGGAAUCUUAAGUGACGGAGACAGCAGAGAAAUCAAUUUACUUCAAGGGUAUAAAAUUGGUAUUAAAAAUUUACUGAAGCCUGAAGUGAGAGACUUCUGGGAGAAAUUAGGAAGCUUUUUGGCCACCAAAGAAGAAGGGGGACAUGUGGACUUCUUCGUGCCACUUGGAGCAUCAGAGGCAGGCAUAGAAGUUCUCUCUCAGCUGUCUCAACUAACUGGCACAUUCUUUACUGCCCCCACUGGAAUUGCAACUGGCUCUUACCAACACAUUCUUAGUGACUGGUUGGGACCACAGCAGGAUGGGCCUCCCCCUUGCAUCUACUUCAGCGAAGCCAAGCUGCAGGCGUGGUGCAGCCUCACGGACGUCCUGGAAGAUGCCUUGAAAGCAGUGAGGAGAGAGUUCAGUCCUGUCUUCAAGGAGCUGCAGAAGGGCAUCAGUUGCAGGAUGAUAGGGCAAUUUAUGUUUGACACCAUGAGUAUGACAAGCAUUCUGAAUAACCAAGACAUUGCACAAGCUCUGGCAGACGGACUGAUGGAGCUGUCAAAAGAAAAUUCUGACAGACCUCUAGAAUUUUUGGCAUGUUUUCUGCUGAAGAAAUGUAGUGAAAAGAGCAAAGAUGAAGGAAAUGUUAUUCUGACAAAAUGUGACCCAAAAGAAACACUCGAUUUGUUCACGAAGGAAAGAAACAUCGUAGAAGACAACUCUCAGGACACAGAAUCAAGUUUCAGCAAAAGUGAUCUAGGUUUUGAGGUACUGCUUAAGCUGGAGAAAAAGCUGCAGAGGGACUCAGCAGAUAAGCGAACUAGUGCCGUCAGGGAACUCUUACGGAGCGAGAGAAAGUACGUGCAGAUGCUGGAAAUCGUGCGGGAUGUUUACGUGAGACCACUGAGAGCAGCACUGGCAUCAAACAGAGCGAUUCUGAGUGCUGCAAAUAUCCAGAUCAUUUUCUCCGAUAUUCUGCAGAUUUUAAGUCUCAACAGGCAGUUUCUAGAAAACCUGAGAGACAGAGUACAGGAAUGGAGCUCAAUCCACUGUGUUGGGGAAAUAUUCAUAAAGUUUGGAGACCAGUUGAACAUAUACACCAAUUUCUUCAACAAUUACCCUGUUGUUCUGAAAACCAUUGAGAAGUGCAGAGAAAUGACACCAGCAUUCCGAGCUUUCCUGAAAAGGCAUGAUAAGACCAUUGUUACCAAAAUGCUGAGCCUGCCGGAGCUGCUUUUGUUCCCGUCUCGGAGAUUUGACGAAUACCUGUCUCUUCUCUAUGCUCUGAGGCUUCACACUGCUGCAGGACAUGUUGACCGUGGGGACCUGGCCACUGCAAUUGACCAAAUCAAAAAAUACAAAGGUUAUAUAGAUCAGAUGAAAGAAAACAUCAGUAUGAAGGAACAGCUGUCCGAUAUAGAGAGACUCAUCUGGGGGUGCCCUAUUCUAUUAGAAAUGAACAGAUACCUGAUUAGGGUCCAAGAUGUAGUCCAACUCCACUGCCGUGAUGAGGAGAUAAGUUUCUCUUUAAGGCUCUAUGAACAAAUUCGUGAUCUCAGCUUCUUCCUCUUCAAUGAUGCACUGCUUGUUUCUAGCCGGGGCAUAUCUCACACUCCAUUUGAAAGGACUUCAAAAACAACCUACCAGUUCAUUGCAUCAGUGGCCCUUCACAGGUUACUGAUAGAAGAUAUUCCAGAUUCCAAGUAUGUCAAGAAUGCAUUUAUUCUUCAAGGUCCAAAAUGUGAAUGGAUUUGUGCUACGGAGGUGGAGGAUGACAAAUUCCUAUGGUUAUCAGUACUCCAAAAUGCGAUCAAAAGCAGUAUGAACAAGUGAAAAUGGACUUAAGAAAACGUCAGGGGUGCCAAUGCUCCCUGGCAAAGACAGGCAAUAUUGUUCUGUUCCAGAAUAUCCAGUAAGAAGCAGAAUGAUUAUCUGCCAUGAAUGAUGAGAGGAUGAACUAGAUUGACUUCAUCAUCUAUAAUAAAGUUAUGUGUAACAUAUAAGAACAAUGAGCCUAAAAUUUUGAACCACUUCUUUUGGUAGUUAUUUUUCUUGGACAUUAUUUAAAUUAAUUUGAUUGAUGUAAUGAGUCCUAAGAGAACAAACAUAUUGUGCAAAGAUUAUCUUUUUAAUGAUCUAAUGAAAAUACCACCAGAAUGAAAACAGUUUUUGACCAUUCUAGAAAGCUUAAUUUGAUGGUUUGCUAAUCAUCUUUAAAAUUUUCAUCAACAAUUAUUAAAAAUAUUAUAAGAAAUAUAAGUAACAACUUUCUAAACACGUGUCAAUUACAUCUUUAAUAUGACUGUACUUCUCUAGUGAACAUAAAAAAGUACCAUUACAAAGCACUAAAUUUUUUUUGUAUUUAGUUUCUUUGUUGCAAAACUAAAACUUAGACCUUCUAAAUAAGGUUUAAAAAUACUUUUGACAGUGUCAAAUUAGAAUAGUGCUGAAAAAUAAGCAACUGUUAUGAAACAAAAAUAAAUGGAAACCUACCAAAACUUGCCUAAAUGGAACUUAGCUUAAUAAAAAUGAAUAAAUUAACACAGUUCUGUUUAAAGCAAAGAAACAGUAAAAUAGUAGUUUCCUGGGCCUUUAAAGCAUUUAGUAGCAUGUUUAACUGAGGGUAUAACUUGGGGCCACUUGGAAAUUUUAGCUGAUGUAUGCAGUAGUAAUAUUUAUGCCUAAUUAAAGAUAAAUAAAAGUUAUAUAUAUUAAUCUUGGAAGCUUUUGAUUGCCAGAUUCCUUUUUGCUUGAUAAUCAAAGUAAUAACAUUUAUUGGUACAGG